UCCCUGAACUCGUCAAGGCAAGCCGAACACCGUUAAUCGCCUCCAUUCUGUGGCCUAUUAACACUAUCCAGCGGUAUCUUUUCUAUUUUCCAGAAGGAAUAUUUUCUAAGGACUGCGGUUAAUUGCGCUCCCAAACCUGUAGUACACGCGAGGACUUUUGCCUGUCUACAGCCUUUACAUUUUAACCGGCGACAUUUCUACUCAUCUGAGAAUCGGAUGCAGUUUCUAUGACAACAUCGACCUUUAGAUGUGAAGGAUGAGAGGAUGAAACGAUAGUCCUUAUUUAACGCAGACCCCCAUGGUACUCUGAUCAGUGUGAUUUAUAAAGCGGGAUCGAUAGUUCUCUGGACGGACGCGGACUCACUGCAUCGUAAUAAUGGACAACGGUCACACCAAGACGGUGGAGGAGUCUCUGGGCUUCUUCAGUGUCAAUGAAUCAACCGGCCUGAGCUGUGAGCAGCUGAGGAAGAGUCGGGACAGAUGGGGGCCCAAUGAGUUGCCUGCGGAAGAAGGUAAAUCUCUCUGGGAGCUGAUCCUGGAACAGUUUGAGGAUCUGUUGGUCAGAAUAUUGCUGCUGGCCGCAUGUAUUUCCUUUACUCUGGCUUGGUUUGAGGAAGGACAGGGGACAAUCACAGCUUUCGUGGAGCCAUUUGUCAUCCUCCUCAUCCUUAUUGCCAACGCCAUCGUAGGAGUAUGGCAGGAGCGUAAUGCAGAGAACGCCAUCGAGGCGCUGAAGGAGUACGAGCCGGAGAUGGGCAAGGUGUACCGGCAGGACAAGAAGAGCGUGCAGAGGAUCAGGGCUAGAGACAUCGUCCCGGGGGAGAUCGUUGAAGUAGCUGUUGGUGACAAGGUGCCUGCAGACAUAAGGCUGACCUCCAUCUGCUCCACAACCUUGAGGGUGGAUCAGUCUAUUCUGACGGGGGAGUCCGUCUCAGUUCUGAAGCACACUGACCCUGUGCCAGACCCCCGCGCUGUCAACCAGGACAAGAAAAACAUGCUUUUCUCAGGCACCAACAUAGCGGCGGGGCGGGCCAUCGGUGUGGUCGUGGCCACUGGGCUCCAGACGGAGAUCGGUAAGAUCCGGGACCAGAUGGCCGCCACGGACCCGGAGCGCACGCCCCUGCAGCAGAAACUGGACCAGUUUGGAGAGCAGCUGUCCAAGGUGAUCAGUGUGAUAUGCAUCGCGGUCUGGGCCAUCAACGUGGGCCACUUCAACGACCCUGUUCACGGCGGCAGCUGGCUGCGCGGUGCCGUGUACUACUUCAAGAUCGCUGUGGCGCUGGCCGUGGCGGCCAUUCCAGAAGGUCUACCUGCUGUGAUCACCACCUGUCUGGCGUUAGGCACCAGGCGCAUGGCUCGCAAGAACGCCAUUGUCCGCUCCCUGCCCUCCGUGGAGACGCUGGGCUGCACCUCCGUCAUCUGCUCCGACAAGACGGGCACCCUGACCACCAACCAGAUGUCUGUCUGCCGGAUGUUUGUGGUGGAAAGUGUGUCAGGAGAACGCUGCAAUCUAAGCGAGUUCAAUAUCACCGGAUCAACAUAUGCCCCAGAAGGGGAAGUGUACAAAGAGGACCUGGCGGUCCGCUGCAGUCAGUACGAGGGCCUGGUGGAGCUGGCCUCCAUCUGCGCCCUGUGCAACGACUCCUCUCUGGACUUCAACGAGUCCAAGGGUGUGUUCGAGAAGGUGGGCGAGGCCACAGAAACCGCCCUCUGCUGCCUGGUGGAGAAGAUGAACGUGUUCGACACGGACCUGCGAGGCAUCAGCCCGUCCGAGAGGGCCACCGCGUGCUGCUCCGUGAUCAAACAGCUGAUGAGGAAGGAGCUGACCUUGGAGUUCUCCAGGGACAGGAAGUCCAUGUCCGUCUUCUGCUCACCCAAUAAGCAGAACCGCUCCACCACAGGAGCCAAGAUGUUCAUCAAGGGGGCGCCAGAGAGCGUGCUGGAGCGCUGUAACUACAUCCGGGUCAGUGGGACGGGUUCGGACGCCGUGUCCACCCGGGUGCCCCUGAGCCCGGCCGUCCGCGAGCAGGUGCUGGCCACCGUGCGGGAGUGGGCCUCGGGGAGGGACACGCUUCGCUGCCUUGCCAUGGCAACCAGGGACACCCCCCCGGACCACCGCUCCCUCAACCUCGAGAACUCGGCCACCUUUGCAGACUAUGAGUCGGACUUGACGUUUGUGGGCUGCGUGGGCAUGCUAGACCCCCCCAGGAAGGAGGUGCUGGGCGCGGUGCGGAUGUGUCGCCAGGCUGGCAUACGGGUCAUCAUGAUCACAGGUGACAACAAGGGCACGGCCCUGUCCAUCUGCCGGCGCGUGGGUAUCAUCACGGAGCAGGAGGAGGCGGAGGGCGCCGCCUCACCCUUCGGCGUGGGGCUGACGGGCAGGGAGUUUGACGAGCUGCCUCCCCACCUCCAGCGCCAGGCCUGCCGCAACACGCGCUGCUUUGCCCGUGUGGAGCCGGCCCACAAGAGCCGCAUCGUGGAGUACCUGCAGAGCCUGAACGAGAUCACCGCCAUGACGGGAGACGGCGUGAACGACGCUCCAGCACUGAAGAAGGCGGAGAUCGGCAUCGCCAUGGGCAGCGGCACGGCCGUGGCCAAGUCGGCGUCAGAGAUGAUCCUGGCUGACGACAACUUCAGCACCAUAGUGGCGGCGGUGGAGGAGGGCCGCGCCAUCUACAACAACAUGAAGCAGUUCAUCAGAUACCUCAUCUCCUCCAACAUAGGGGAGGUAGUCUGCAUCUUCAUGACGGCGGCGCUGGGCAUGCCCGAGGCGCUCAUCCCCGUCCAGCUGCUGUGGGUCAACCUGGUCACCGACGGCUUCCCGGCAACCGCCCUGGGCUUCAACCCCCCCGACCUGGACAUCAUGUCCCGCGCCCCACGCACCCCCAAGGAGCCGCUGAUAUCCGGCUGGCUGUUCUGCCGCUACCUCAUCAUUGGAUGCUAUGUGGGGGCAGCCACGGUGGGAGCUGCUGCCUGGUGGUUCAUGGCCGCCCACGAUGGCCCCAAACUGUCCUUCUACCAGCUGUCCCACUACCUGCAGUGCAGCGAAGGCCACAGUGAAUUUGCCGGUGUGCAGUGCUCUGUGUUUGAGUCCCCCUACCCGAUGACCAUGGCGCUGUCUGUCCUGGUCACCAUCGAGAUGUGCAAUGCCCUGAACAGUCUGUCAGAGAACCAGUCCCUGUUGAAGAUGCCUCCCUGGUCCAACCCGUGGCUGGUGGGAGCCAUCUGUCUGUCAAUGGCCCUCCACUUCCUUAUCCUCUACGUAGACCCGCUGCCUGUCGUCUUCCAGAUCCGUCCUCUGUCCUGGACCCAGUGGGUGGUGGUGCUGAAGAUGUCACUUCCUGUCAUUUUCAUGGAUGAGGCACUCAAGUUUCUGGCUCGCAACUAUAUCGAACCUGGCAACCAGCUUCUGGAGGAUGAGGAGGAGCUCCAGAGGAUGAGAGGGGCGGGACUAAUGGAAGCCAUGACGACGAGGGUCAGCCGGCCAAUGAGAGGCGUGUCAUGGUCCUUCGUCUUCAUCUCUGUGCCGCUAUUGGUCUGGAUCUACAGUCUGGAUUCUGACAUCACCAACAUCUUCUGGGAAUGAAGACUGAGCGAGCAUAAAAGGAGAGGGGGGGGUCUGAUUCAUGGGGUGGGAUUCAUGGGAUAUUUCAUAAUAUAUUCCGAAAGAUUAGGAUGAAGGAGAGGAUGGGAUCCUAAUGCUGAAGCAAAGGGGACAAGGAAGGAAGAGGGACAAGCCGGGGGAACCAGGAUGUUAAGAACAUAUAAAAAAUGCAUUUCAUCCUAGCAUAAACACACAGACUCGAUAUUGUUAAGAAGGAAAGUAAAGUGCUUAAGAUCUGUUGACAAAAUGGGAGGUUGUUUGCUGGUCAUUAUAGCCACUGGUCCAGAGAGAGUGGGACGUAGUGGGGUGGGGAAUGAUGAUGUAAUGUCAAAGUAAAACAUGCACACAAACAUAAGAUCAUACACACAAAAACACAAAUACGCAUUUUCAAGAGCUAUUUUCAAUCAACGGUUAAUAAACAGUUGUUUCCUAAUCAAUAAUUAUUAACAGGUUGAGAAUGUCCAAUCCCAAAACAGCCUCAAAAAGGCUACACUAAAUAAAAAAUAUUAUUAGUAGAUUUUUUUUUUUUUUCUCAAAGCUAGAACCUGCAAGUGAAGACUAAAUCGACGCGGCCAUAUCAAGUACAAGGCCUCGAUUACAUAAUUUUUUUCGGUUCUUCCAACGGAUUCAAAUUAGUUUUUUUCACAUGCAAUAUAACGUUAGAUAUAAAGUUUGAUACAUCACCAGUAAUGUUUGCUGGAUAUUUCAUUUUUAAUUUUAAUGGGAUUUUUUUUCUCUGCCUAUGUUUGCUACAAAGAAAUUCUGCCUGAGCCAAGUGUGACAGAAUAUUACGACAACCUUAAUUUUUUUAAAUAACAUAGUGCUGGAGGCCAAUGCCUUGGACUUGGUAGAAAGGUGCAUUUGAAAGGUACAAUUUAUUUUACUUGUUUGAAAUUUGCUAAAUGAGUAGGCUACCAUGGCUAUUCUAACAGGGAAUGCAGUCAUUGGUCUAAGGCACCAGUGUUAACUUAACCUUCCCUAAUGCCAAUAGUCUCGUCUUACACUGUAUGCUAAUAAAGAUGUUCCUUUAUCUAUA